AUGGCUUCCACACUCCCCAGCUACGCAGCGGAAAACUCCCCUCCAUCAUACGAGCAGGUGGUGAAAAAGCUCGACAAUCUUGUCGGCCCGAAUCCCACGCCUGGAAAGGUGCUCGAUGUCGCAAAGAGCCUUUCCAAGGAAGAUCUCAACACGCUCGUCGAAAACCACGACAGCCACCUUCCGUUAAAAACUGACAAACAAAAGCAGGACUUUUCCAUCGGAAGUGCCAAAACGGCAUCAUCCGACGAAGCUAGCAACUAUAUCAAGCCUGCGGCGUCCGCUGCGUCCAGAGCGGCAAAGGAAAUCAAAGCUACCUUUCAACAGCUGCAACUGAAGAUAGCCCAAGUUGAUAACAUUCAUCAUUCGAGCUUUUCAAAGCCGCUGCAGGAGCUUCAGAAGGAGUAUCAGGACGUGCUGGGAGACAGUCGGCUGCUAGCAGUUGAGAUUAGUCAAUAUGGGACAUCGUUCGACCUCGUGGUUAUCAAGUUCUGCGGGGAUGACAGCAUCUCCAUUACGGAACGACAGGAACGUAUUCAUUCCUACAUCAAGAAAGCAAGCGAAUUUGAGGUAAAGGCAAAAGGCAUCGACAACCGAUUCGAGGGACUAGUGCAGUCUUUUUCUCAGCUGGUCAAUUCAUUCUCUGAAUGGGCGAAAGACAGAGAAGGCGAGCUCACGGAGAAGAUAAAGAAGCUGGAUGAUGAGCUCAAAGCGCUCAAUAAGAAACUGUCAGCAUUGCAAACUGCCCAGCUCUCAGUCGCUGCUGUUGGCGCUGCCGUUCUCCCAGUGACCACCAUCCUAUCUACUUUAUUCCCUCCUUUUUCCUCGAUCAUCUUGAUCGGUGGCCUUAUCGCUGCUGGAGUAGCUAUUGGGACUUCAGUUGGUCUCAUCAUUGCAGCCAACGCCGUAAAGGACGAAAUCGAGGAUAAAACCAGUGAAAAGAAGAACCUUGAGAAGGACAUCGAGAAGAUUCGGCAAGCACGACAAGAACUGGUCCUCCUGGGAAACAAUUCUCUGAGCUCAUUCCGAGCAUGUGUUCAGGUCCUCUCUGGAUACUGGAAAUUCGCCAUCAGGGACGCAAAAGAAAUCGAGACGUGGCUUGAAAAGGGGGCCCAGACAGCGGAUCAGCCCCAGUACAUGAAGGCUAAUUUAAACCACGCGGUGAACAAUUACCAAGUCAUGGCACAAUACUUGAAGGAGUAUGCUCUGGGUGUUGAAUUGGAAUGA